ACCCCCGUCCGCGGUCUGGUGCGUCACGAUUUCCCUCCUUCUCGCCCUCUCCUACUUACGCCUGUCUAGACCAUCGACCCAAUAGAGUAGUGUAUCAUCUGGUAUCUCUCACCAGUAACGACUCCCUUUAAGACCUCACCGCGCUUGAGGAUCACGAACGAUCAUGAGUGCGACGCCGUCCCCGAAGCCGUUCGCGGUGCCGCAGUUCACGACGAAGGACUAUUCCUCGUUCUUCCUCGCAGGCGCACUAUGUUGCACCGUUACACACGGCGGCAUGACGCCGAUUGACGUCGUCAAGACGCGCAUACAGAUCGACCCCGCCAUGAAGGGCCAGUCCCUCCUCUCCGGCGGUCGUGCCAUCGUCGCGAAAGAGGGCGCCUCUGCGCUCCUCACGGGCUUCGGGCCUACCGCUGUUGGCUACCUUGUCCAGGGAGGAGCAAAGUUCUCGGGCUACGAGUAUUGGAAGAAGCAGUUCGUCCAGAUCGCAGGAAGCCAGGACGCCGCCGUCGCACACCGCACCGCGAUCUACCUCGGCGCGUCCUCCGUAGCAGAAUUCUUCGCGGAUAUCCUGCUCACGCCCCUCGAGGCGACGCGCAUCCGGCUCGUCUCACAAAGAGGGUACGCCACGGGGCUCACGACGGGCUUCAUGCGACUCGUGCGCGAAGAGGGCUUCGCCGGGCUCUACGCCGGCUUCCUCCCCAUCCUCUGCAAACAGAUCCCGUACGCGAUCGGGCAGUUCACCGUGAACGAGUUCUGCCACGAGCUCGUGUUCAGGAACCUGUCCGAGGAGACGCGCGCGAACCUCUCGGGCACGGGAAAGUUCACGAUCGCGCUCGGGAGCGGCGUCGUCGCCGGGUUCGCCGCCGCGAUCCUCAGCCAGCCCGCGGACACGCUGCUCUCGCAGAUCAACAAGGGCCACGGCCCCGAGGGCUCGAUGGUCCACCGCCUCGGCGUGCUCGCGCGCGAGGCGGGCGUGCGCGGCCUCUUCGCGGGGCUCGGCCCGAGGAUGGUCAUGACCGCGGGCUUGGUCAGUGGCCAGUUCUUGCUGUAUGGCGGGAUCAAGGACGUGUUGGGCGCCCCGCCGGGGUUGGAGAUCCAUAAGGAGGAUAGUGUGGUGGUGAAGUCGUAGGUGAGGGGGGCCCUUGUGUCGUUCUGAAUAAGUGAGAAGUGGACUGGACUGUGAGUCCUGUGGUAUAUGGACGUUGACUGCUUGUUGUGUGUCGAUUCGGA